CGGGCCUUGACCUCCGUCUUCCGCAUUCGUUACUGCUUUGCCAAUUCUACUGUCCUUGUCGCAGACGUUAUAUAAAUAGACGACGGAUGCGCGAAACAUCGGCUUAUUGGGUACAGUAGAUUAAGUAAUCUGUGCACGCUUUACCACGGAGUCGCACCAGAAGCAAGUAACCCAUCAUCCGGUCUGCGAAGAGGCGUUAAAUAACCCCUUAACAUUACAUGAAGUUUGAGAAGGAAUAUGGCGGUGCCCACAGCAGUUACGCUACAAGAAAGAAUCAAUAAAACGACAGAUUGUAUGUUAGAUCCUGUUUAUGCAACUAAGAUAUGUGACGAAGCUUUCCCUGGAGAUUUGGGAACACCAGACUCUGGAAUGGAUUUUCUGGAAAAAGAGGUUGGCAGCGACCUGAAAUCCUUAAAGUGCGCUGGCGACUUGCUGGAAAAAAUGAGAGAGGAAAACGGCGCACUUGAAGAACAGGUUCUGACUGUAUCCAACACUCCAGUGCCUCCUAAAGUUUCUGCAGCUCUGUCUUCUGCAGAGGAGGCCUGUUGCUCCAUGGAGGACCUGCUUGAGAGAGAGCAUCUUAUUGUCAACAUGCUGCACCAGCACCUAUAUGGGGCCCAGGCGUGGAAGGAUGAUGUUGGCCAAACAUGUGACCAGGUCAACACUAUAGAAAGACACAUGAAAUAUCUGCGAUGUCUUCAACAUGUAGAGGAACUAAGUGCUGCAGUCCAACAGUGCUUGAUGACCAGUAGUGUCUGGGAAGCUAUAAGGGCAAUAGAUAGUAUGGCAGUGCUGGAUUUUGAACUGAACCAAUCCAGGUGCUUCCAUCUCCAAGACUUCCUACAGGAAACACUAUUCUUCUGGCACAAGAUCAUCAAAGAACGACUGACCAGUGAUUUUGAGAAAUUACUGACUUACCUUCAUUGGCCAAUCACUUCACCUCCUACUCAGUCACUGACAACUGCUGCCAAUUGCCAGGAAAUUAGCAGCCAGCUGGAUCUAAUUGUCACACAGCUGCUUGCCCUGCAGACUUCAGAUGACCUUAUAUCUCAGAGAGCUUUGACCUCUUUUCAAAGUCAACCCUCUACCAUGCCUGCAUCUUCGGCCGCACCUCUGUCACAAGAUCCUCCUCUCUGUUUGCCCAUUCAGAUCAUGCUGGUUCCACUCAUCAGAAGGUUCAAAUAUCACUUCUGUGGGAACCGGCAAACCAACUGCCUCAGCAAGCCAGAGUGGUACCUUACACAGGUUUUGAUGUGGAUGAGCAAUAGUGCGAUUUUCAUGGAGGAAAAGAUCCAACCCAUCCUGGACCGAGCUGGGCUGAACAUCCAUGCCAAGGUGGAGAUGUGUAGGGGCUUAUUAUCUCUACUACAGGAGAAGGUGGCCAGCGAUGCUUCUAAGCUGCUCUAUGAUGAUGUCCUCUUCUGUCAUUUGGUGGAGGAGGUGUUACAAUUUGAGAAGGAGCUGCGAAGCAACCAUUCAUACUCUACAGUGCUGCCUGGCCUGCUUCACCUCCUACUUGAGGAUGCAAAUCUUCAGAAGUGGCUUAUGGUGGAAAGGAAGAUGGCAGUCGAGAGGAUGGAUGCCAUGCUAUCAACUGAGGGGGCUUGGAAUUCUCAGUAUAGAGAUGUCAGUGAUAUUGAUGAGCUGAAGGCUCCAGAUUGUGCUGAGACUUUCAUGACUCUGCUACAAGCAAUCACUGAGCGGUACCGGGCCUUGCCCUGUCCUUCUGCACAACUGAAGUUUUUGGGCCUGCAGAAAGAACUUGUGGAUGACUUCCGCAUACGACUUACCCAGGUAAUGAAAGAGGAGUCCCGCUGCCCUCUGGGUGUCCGUUAUUGUGCCAUCCUUAAUGCUGUGAACUACAUUUCGACCAUCUUGGGACACUGGGGGGACGAUGUGUUUUUCUUACAGAUGCAACAGGCAGCAGUUUCACUUGGGGAAGAAGUGGUACUGGGAGGCCUUGGUAUAAUGGAGGUGGGGCGCCUUGCUUCUCUGGAAGGCUCUAUUUUUGACGGUCUGUUGGAAUUACUGGAUCGACUAAAAGGAGACAUGUUGGGGAGGCUGCUGGAAUGGACCAUGAGAGAAAUCACUGCAAAAGCAAAACCAUACUGCCAAGAGAGAUGUUCUAUAGGAUUAUGGUCUGAAGACUGCUUUUGCCACUCUCUGAUCUUAAUGUGUUGUGUUGGCUGGAAGACAAGUCCAUGACCCAUCUUCAGGGUUCUGGCCGAGGGAAGGAGGUUGUGAUCCAAGAUUUUACACCACGUGUCCCUGCUCACCAGCCUCUCAAUGCUAUGAAGUCAUCCUGUACAUUGAACAGAGAAACGGGCCCAAAGCAUAAUGUUUACACCAGCAUGUUCCUGGGACAUCCUUUUUCUCUCCCUCCAAACGUGGCGUUUGAGCUGAGUUGACCUGAAGCCAAAGAGUUAAAUUUUGGUCUCAUCUGACCACAUCACAUUCAACCAGUCCUUCAGAUUAUUCAGAUAUUUAUUUGCAAAGUGAAGACAUCCCCUCUUGAGCAGGGGAACUGUGCAAUGUAUUUUUACUGUAGUGUAGCAGUGGUCAAACAUGUUAAUGUCCCUGGUGGGGCACGUUACGUGUUGUCUGUAUUUAGCCAUUUCAAGCUUGAGGUUUGCGCUGUUAAAAUCCCAGAGAUUUUCGCACGUCAGGAUGGUUGCCUCCCCCCCAAUUGUCCUCAACAUUGGAGUACUGCCGGACUGUGUCCUGAGCCCCGCCCUCUUCAUGCUGUGCACCCAUGACUGGGUUUCCACCCAAGACACACCAUCAUCAAAUUGGCUCGUGGGGCAUUGUGGGACUGAUCAGCGGAGGCAAUGAGGCUCCAUAGGUCUACACAUCUCAGAAGACAGGCUGGAUUGUGAACACCAACCAUGUUAUUUAAAAAGGCUCAGAAACAUCUCUUUUGUCUGAGAACACUAAGGAAGAGGAAACUCCCUCAACCUCUCCGGUUUUGCCUGAAAACAUCUUAAUGAUCCCCAAGACUUGGAGGAAAAUACUCUGUGGACUGAUGAGACAAAAGCUGAACUUUUUUGAAAGGCGCGUGUCCCAUUACUUCUGACGAAAAAGUAACACUGCACCACAGUAAAAUGUGGUGGUAGUUUGAUGGUCUGGGGCUGUUUUGCUCCUCCAGGGCCUGGAAGAGUUGCUGUGAUAACUGAAACCAUGACUACUGCUGUCUACCAAAAAAUCCUGAAGGAGAUUGUCCAGGCAUCUGUUCGUGACCUCAAGCUGAAGUAAGCUUUGGUUCUGCAACAGGACAAUGAUCCAAAACAGACUGAUUGCAAGUUAUGCAAGACCUUGAUUGAUUUGAUUUUUUUAAUUUUUUUAUUUUAUUUUUUUUUUUUUUGAAAAAUGCACCUGAAAGAGUGGCUGCAUGUCACCAGUGGCUCCGUGAAGAAUAUCCUUUUUAGGUUAUUCUUAGUGUGUUAAUGGUUGUUUUUGUCUGGCUUGUUGUUGUUUUUUCUGUGCCUUGAUCAGUCCAAUCAAUAAAAUAGUUUUUGGUUGUU